UGAACUGGGACAGGGCUUUGUACAAGCAGGUGGGAGAGCCAGUCUUUUUCUUUCCCUUUUGCUAUGUUUGAAGGAUAAGUUGUGUGCAACUCAGUUUUCCUAGGAUAUGGGAUGCUCUUGGGUAUAGUGACAAGAGAAAGCUUGUCCUAAGACAUGCCAGGCUUGGCACGAGCUUUUGCAGGCUCCUUCUGGAUUAUUAUAUGCUAAAAGACUACUUCGUUUGGCUUCCUUUUUUUUUUCCCCCAUUCUGUGUUCUGGCUGUGAUCCAGUCUGCGUUUUCCCCCUUUCAUUCAUGCCACCAUUUCUUGUCACUAUUUAUGAUUCAGUAUUAAAUAAAAGCAAAUAAGUAAUCGAUGAUUCCUGAAUUGCUUUUUAGAGGGCUCAGCUGAAUAGUGUCAGUUUUGUCUUGCUUGUCACACCUGGAGAAUGUGCAUAUGGAAUUUGAAUACCUUGUGUUUGGGAAAGGGGCUGCGUAGUGAAGGAGAUUGUCCCCACUACUGACCCCCAAAGUCUGCUAAGCCCCCAUUCUCUACUGAUUGGUACAACUGAGUGUGAAGCAGAAAAUCUGCUGUUGGUUCUGUAUUUGGUACUAAGAACGUGCCCUCCUGUUGGUGUUUAUCCCUGUGAGUUUAAAACUAUUUGGAAUGAAUUUGAACAGUGUUUGAGUAUUUAAUAACAAGGAAACAUGGGAAUCUGCUUUGGUUUGGGCUGAAGAUACGUGUAUUGUGUAACCUACCUGCAAAUACUUUAUUUUUGUAACUUACAGCUCCGUGGAAGGUAGGUAGAAGUACCCAGAUGGAUUUGUCCCUGGACAUGGGUGCUGCUGUUCACUUGACUGGUGGUCUGGAUUUAAGUGAGAAAUGACUUGCUGAAAUUGGUGGAAGCAGGGGAAGAGCAGUAUGUGUUAGUUUGUAGCAUAAUAAUUUUAAUAUAAUCUAAUAUUCCUCCAGAGUGCUUGACACUCACAGCAAGUAGUGCUGUGCUGCUGAUAAAAAUAGAUUGGACUUAUUCUGACCUUCUAAAAAUGCCCUUAAUACAGUAGCACAGGCUUUGCCUGAGAACAUCUGACUUUUAAUUCUGAUUGUGAAGUCAAGUGAGGUAAGUAGAAUUUGGAUUGACUGUAAAUGUCUUAGCCACUUAGCAAAUCCUCUUGAAGAACCUUACUUGCUUGCCACCUGCUUUUUCCUGAGGAUGUGUGGGAUGCUGAUCUACUGGCAGGUUAUGAGGUGACCUGCCUCGGCCUUGCAGCCUCUCCCACCUCUGGUUUGGUACCCAGGAAUCCUCUCCCUGGCACCAAAACUCUGCCUCUGAAAACACAUUGCUUAAACUGCUUACAGGGUAGAACAGUCCUGUUUUCAGUCGACCAAAGAAAUGGUGAUGGAGAAGCCAAGUCCCCUGCUGGUCGGGCGGGAAUUCGUGAGGCAGUACUAUACCCUGCUGAACCAAGCACCUGACUAUUUGCACAGGUUUUAUGGAAAGAACUCUUCCUAUGUCCACGGUGGCUUGGAUUCCAAUGGAAAACCAGCUGACGCAGUCUAUGGGCAAUCUGAUAUCCACAAGAAGGUGCUGUCACUAAACUUCAAGGAUUGCCACACAAAGAUCCGUCACGUGGACGCCCACGCCACCCUCAACGAUGGUGUGGUGGUGCAGGUGAUGGGGGAGCUCUCCAAUAACAUGCAGCCCGUGCGCAGGUUCAUGCAGACCUUCGUGCUCGCUCCUGAGGGCUCUGUUGCAAACAAGUUCUAUGUCCACAACGAUAUCUUCCGCUACCAGGACGAGGUUUUUGGGGACUCUGAUACUGAGCCUCCAGAGGAAUCAGAGGAGGAAGGGGAGGAACCUGAGGAAAGACAGCAGACACCUGAGGCUGUUCCUGAUGAUAGUGGUGCUUAUUAUGAGCAGGCUGUCAGCAAUGACAUUGAGGAACACCUGGAAGAGACAGCUGCAGAGGCAGAGCCUGAGCCAGAGGCAGAACCUGAACAGGAACCUGAACCAGAGGUGCAGGAAGAAAAGUCUGAGCCAGUAUUAGAGGAAUCUGCUCCAGAAGAGACUGUGGAAAAGAGUCCUUCUCCAGCUCCUGCUGAUCCAGCUCCUGCAGUGCAAGAGGACUCCAGGACAUUUUCCUGGGCAUCAGUAACCAGCAAGAACCUUCCUCCCAGUGGGGCUGUCCCAGUAUCAGGAAUACCACCUCAUGUUGUGAAAGUACCGGUCUCGCAGCCCCGCCCUGAGGCAAAGCCUGAAUCUCAGACCCCCCCUCAGAGACCUCAGAGGGAUCAGCGAGUGAGGGAGCAGCGAACGAGCAUCCCACCUCAGCGGGGUCCCAGGCCAAUUCGCGAGGGUGAACAAGGCGAUGUGGAAACCAGGCGGAUUGUGAGAUACCCAGACAGUCACCAGCUGUUUGUUGGGAACCUUCCCCAUGAUGUGGACAAAUCCGAACUUAAAGACUUUUUCCAAAAACUUGGCUUUUCUCUUGCAGGCUAUGGCAAUGUUGUUGAACUCCGCAUCAACAGCGGUGGAAAGCUCCCUAAUUUUGGGUUUGUGGUGUUUGAUGAUCCUGAGCCUGUUCAGAAGAUCCUUAGCAACAGGCCCAUCAUGUUCAGGGGAGAGGUGCGCCUGAACGUGGAGGAGAAGAAAACACGAGCUGCCAGGGAGGGUGACCGCCGAGAUAACAGACCUCGUGGACCUGGAGGCACUCGUGGGGGGCUGGGAGGUGGGAUUCGAGGGCCUCCACGUGGAGGAAUGUCCCAGAAGCCAGGAUUUGGAGCUGGAAGGGGGAUCGGGCAACGCCAGUGAAUUCAUCGCAGAUGUUGACAUGGUGGCGCAAACCCUUUUUCCUGCAGAUUUGUGAAUUUCAGCCUUGGGUAUCUUGGAAUGUGGCCCUAGCCUGUUAUAGACUGCUACGUUUGAUACUAUUUUGGCCCCUUUUUGUUUGUGUUAUGGUUAUGUGAUUUAUUUUUUUCUAGUCCUUGUCCCAGAUUCCAGCUUUGUGGAACAACGUUUUAGGAAAAGUGGAUUUUAAAAAGAAAAGAACUGAAUUUUCUUCUUCACCUCAAACUUACGGACUGGUUUUUGGUUUUUUUGGUACCAGUGGUUUUUCCUAAAGGAAUGUCUUCUUUCUUUUAUUUUUUUUCCUCCCCUCUUUCUAAUGAAUUUGGGUGCAGUCAGCGGAAUAAUAUUUCACGUGCAUGCGUUCAAGAGCCUGUAGGAAAACAUAGUUCUUGGCAAGUAUUCCAAGGGCAGAAAAGCAAAACUCUUGGUGUUUCUUUGAGGGUCAUACGAACAUCCUCCGGUCUGGAGACAUUGCCACUUGAAAAAAAUUGACUUUCACCUUUCUCUCUGUGGCGCUGUAAAAGUGGAAUAAUGGGUAUCCGUAGAAUCUCUUUUCCUUUUGAUACAUGAUCACAGCAAGGAAUUCGAACUUCUGUUUUACCACUUUGAAAUUUUGGAUUGUGGGAUAGGUUUUAAAUGUCUAGAACUUGACUCUUCAAACACUUUUCCUGAACUUGUGAAAUUUUUUAUUGAAAUAGGGAGUUUUUUUCAUGUUUAGUUUGUAUUUGUAUAAAAAAAAGCAAAAUUGUUGUGCCUUCUAUUUAUCUCUCAUUCCAGUUUUGGCAAAUUGUUUAAAAAAAUAAAAUAAAAAAGGUCUAGAUUUGCUUUAUCAAGUCAAGAGUAUUUUGAAGUUUGUCCAAGGGGAAGAGGCUCUUCAGUCACUAGGUUUACAAGGUAGAGGUGGUUGUAGCUAAAGCUUUUAAUACCUUCUGUGCAUCACUUUGCAUUUAAAUUAUUGAAAACAAAUACUUCUUGGAUGCAGAAGUUAAUAACUUGAACUUGAAGUUGGGCAGGCCCUGUUGUAACUAUGGCAAAAUUACAAGCAAAGCAGAAAUACCUCUGUCACAUCCUUUACAUUUCCAGCUGCUGUAAGUAAUAAUUAUUUUUGCAGUACUUCAUUCCUUGCUUCAGACCUGAAGUGGAUAAGAAGGAAUUUUUGUCAGAAGUAUGGAAGGUGCUUGUCUGUCCUGGUGUUAAGAUGUUGAACGCUCUCCACUGCCUCUGAAAGAAGAUGAAACUGAAAAUAAAAUACAAAACUGGGUAAUCUCAGUCCAAGAGAUCCUGUAAGACGGUGCUGCAUAAAGCAGUAUUUCUGUAACGCCUGGUGUUAAACAUCUGGAUAAAAAUGGUGGAUUUGUGUCUCCACUGGACCUGCAGGUCUCUUGGUAGCACAGUAGAGCUGUGUAGGAAGUUUGCUAAUCUGUGUCAGGUGUCACUGUUCCCAUGUUUCUUGGUUUAUGACUAUGACUGUGCAGAUGCAGUGUAUCAUCUCUGACCUGUGCUUGCUGUAAGCUCUGCAGCAGAGCUGCCCUCGGUAUUACCUGUCCCCAACAGUCAUGUUUUGCAUUUCCUUUGCCAGGCUUACUGGUUGAAACUGGUUGUACUAAAUGUUGCUGGAGUGUUGGUUUCUGUUUUAUUUUUCUCUUUGCAUUUGUUACACUGUUUGUCCCUUCCCUCCUUAAAACUGUGUCUCAGAUUGUCCUGCUUACCAUCUGUACCUGGAGACGUGAUACCUUGGUGAACUGGGGGAGUGAGAGUGUGAGCUGUGGUGUGCUCUCACAGCCAGCACUUGGGGAAAUUCUGCUGCUUCCUCUUGUGGUGGUAACUGGUAUUUUUUUCAAAAACAAAAGCUGUCUGCAUUUUUCCUAUCAGGAAUGCCUGUGAGGUGAAAGUAUGCAAUGGAGAUCUUUUACUGAACCCUGUCCUUGUCGUUUGUGAUAUGUUUUUUUUACCUUUGUUGGGUUCCUACUGUUCUUGAUGUUGAAUCCGAAGACUGCAGUAACAGGUUGCACUUCAGACUUAUCAAAGUGCUUUUAACAGAAGCUUUUAUAGCUCUUAACCAAAUCUGCAAAAGCAUCUGUAAGCUUGAACCCCCAUUUCUGUAGUGGGAGCUGGACAGUUCUGGCUCAUUGCUGCCUGAUUUGAAAGAAGAGUGUCAGUAAAGAAUUUUAAAGGGUGAUGAAGUGUGUGCUUGUUCUCAUAUGAAUCAUACUCAAUAUGUUGACCCAGAAAGUCGUGUUCUUGUCCCAAGAUGACAGGCAAAUAAAAAUAUUUACAUAAAAUUC